AUGCCUGCAAGAUUCAAUUACGUGGUUUGCUCAAUUGAAGAAUCAAAUGACAUUACCACCAUGUCAAUUGAUUCCUUACAAAGUAGCUUAAUUGUUCAAGAAAGUCGAAUGAAGAGGCAAGUUGAAUUCAGUAAAGAACAAGCAUUGAAAGUCUCUAAUCCUGGCAGAGGAUUUGGUAGAGGCAGGGGAAGGAAUAAUACCUCAAGAGGGCGAUGGAGAGGUAGACAAAGCAAAGAAUUCAUAGAAUGCUUCAAAUGUCACAAAUUGAGUCAUUAUCAAAGUGAAUGCACUGAGGAAGAAGGGCAUCAAGAUUGGAUGUUUGAUUUUGACAAUAGCUAUAGAGACUCUGUGAAAUUAGGGGAUGAUUCAAGAAUGACAGUGAUGGGAAAAGGUAGUGUAAAAUUGUUGAUUAACAAUAAAGUCCAUGUUAUUUCAAAUGUGUAUUUUGUCCUUGGUUUGAAAACCAAUCUUUUAAGCAUUGGGCAAUUACAGCAAAAGCAGAUCAUUGUUAUCUUUAAGGAUGAUAUGUGCAAAAUCUACCAUGAGAAUAAGGGACUAUUGUUCACUACUGCUAUGUCAAACAAUAAAAUAUAUGUAGUUUCAGCUCCAGUUAUUGACCCUAUGUGCUUACUCACUGCAAAACAAGAGUCUACAUUGUUAUGGAAGAUAUGUUCACUUAAGCUUCAAAGGGUUAAAACUAUCUAA